UUUUUUUUAUUUUUUUUUUUUUUAUAUUUUUUAUAAUUUUUUUUUGGCACUCCGGCAUAGAUAUCGUUACAUUGCUUGAAUUCGAGCACCCAAAGCGGGCAAUAAGAGAGGAUGCAGCAGGUGGCUCGUUUAUCCGUCCGCUUCCAUCUCGCCCAGGAUUCGUCCUUUUUGCCUCUGUCCCUGAACAUCGUGCCCAACUCCCCAAUGGGCUGUGCUGAGAACCGUGACGCCAAAACCCUCAUGGAUUGCGCGGGAUUGCGGUAGUCGCCCGCUUGUCUAUCACAAAUUACCAUCGUGAGAGGUUAGAGGUUGUCCACUGUGCUAUCCCGAAAAGGGGAGAGUCUACCUCCUCUGUAUCCGACCCGUUGAGUUCCACCACGGCUGGCUGGUUAUUAGCAGGGCUUCUUCUUGACCCCAAUUUCCGCGCCGAGGUGUGGUGCCCGGUUUAACACGGCAUUAUCAGAAAUAAUGUUAAAUGUUGGCGUAUCAAGGGAGGAAGAGGGGUGGGUAAGGAUAGGGAUGGGGAUUGCAAUAAUCCCCCGCUCUUGGAAGUUGGGACACGCUACGCUGCGUAUGUUCUUCACCCAGGACUGGUUGAUUCCUAGACCAGACCAUUGAACUUUCAUAACGAUCUACAAAACAGCCCGUAUGGAAGCCAAACAGAAUUGCUGUUUCCUUGUGGCUUGUUUCAUUCCUCCUCUGAGAUCCUUUCUCCAGACAAUUUCGCUGCCAUUCGCCUAACCCCAGGCCCCACAAGGCGCUGCCGAUCGUCCUACGGUUGAAGACUUCGCAAGUUCCCCCUAACUAGUAACUAAACUAACAAGUUCCAACUGCUGCCGGAUUCGCCGAUGGAACGUUAUUGCUUGGCAGGAUCAGAACAAAAUUUGAACCUUUUUUCAAAGCUUGUUCCUAGUUCCAGCAUGUGGUGGGACGCGCCUCAUGUUGUCAUGUUGGGGAACAGUGGCACGAUGGCCUUCGUUGCACUCAGGCACAACCCCGUUCAGAUCCUACAAGGCCCAAACUGGAAUUUGGGGAUUGGACUUGCUAUUAGGCCUCCAACAAUUAUUACCUCUUGUCCUACAGACGGAGUAAACUUCAACUAAUUCUGAAAGCGACGAACUACCGGAGCGCACUGAAUAUCGGACCUUGCUGUCAACUGCUGGGACCUGACCUGACAUCAUUCGUGCCCUGAUGGGAUGUCCAACUUGGCACCCGAUUUUGAUUGGCAAGGGUCACACUGUCACAAAUGCGGAGAAAAAUUGCUUCUUGCGUGACUCUCCCUCGAAUCACCAUCGAGCAUAAAAUCUCCUCGACACUGCGCAAAAACAAGACUAUCUCCAACAACCCAGCUUUAAAAAUAUUACGCCUAUCUGGCAAAUCAGACACUGCAAGUUGAGUUCCGCCAAGGGACCCAGAGCUGAAAUAUCUAUGCAAGAUGGGAGCUAUACCCGUUUCCGUAGGUGGUAUGAGGACGGCAUUCAUAUCCUUGGAAUAUACGGUCAACAGCACUAAGGAAUGAUUAGCGGAUGACAGCGGGUUGGAAUUUUGUCCCUUAGCCCCAAUUAGGGACGAUUCACAGUCCUGUACAGACGUUUCCGCUACUUUGUUUUUCCCGACAGCGGCUGCCGUCGCUCGCAUGACGGUUGUCGGGGAAAAUGUAUUCGACUAUAUAAAUCCUCAGGAUGCUACACUUCGUCCCUUAACUAUUUCGCCUUCCAGUUGUACAGAACGGGCCGUUGUUUUGGGACUUUCCACUUCCGCCGCUUGCCCCCUUCCCCCCCCCAUAUCCUGCCUUUACUUUCAUUGAGAUACUGCUGCAGUUUACGCAGUAGCUAGGACUACUGGCCCAUCCUGCAAAAUGAAGGUCCAAUUACUUGCCCUCGGGGCUGCCCUUGGAGCACAUCUGGCUGUCGCUGAGACACCAGAUGUCGAGACGCAAGGUUUCCCGGGUUUUCCAGAUUUUCCAGAUUUCCCAAAGUUCCCUUUCCCGGGCGAUUGGUAUAAUAGAUUCCGCCAGGUUUCCCCUGAAAAAUUGAUGUGGUUUAUUCGCGAAAGGGAUCUGAAGGCAGGAGCCAAAAAGUUAGAAUCUCUUGCAUACGCUUCUCCUGGACGGAACCGGGUUUUCGGCACUGAGGGCCAUGAGGCUACCAUUGAUUACCUCGUGAAAGAGCUUAAGCGGACCCGUUACUAUGACGUGAGCAAGCAGGAGCAAGUUCACCUGUGGAGCAAGUCCGAAGCCACAUUGAAAGUCAAUGGCGAGAACAAGGAGGUUCUUCCUAUGACAUACAGUCCGUCAGGGGACGCGAAGGCGGAGCUUGUCCUUGUGAAUAACCUCGGAUGUGUUCCUGCAGAUUUCCCACCAGAAGUGAAUGGCAAAAUCGCGCUGAUCCUUCGUGGCGAGUGCCCGUUUGGCCUCAAAUCCGCUCUUGCCGGCUCAGCUAAAGCCGUCGGUGCCUUGAUCUAUAAUAACAUCCCCGGGUCCCUUUCAGGGACCCUAGGUGCUCCCUCUAACCCCGCAGGCCCUUAUCCCCCGACCGUCGGUGUUUCCAAGGAAAUCGGAGACGACCUCGCCGCGCGCUUGGGAUCGGGGACUUUGAUGGGUGAACUGUUUGCUAACUCACAGUUUGAGAACCGCACGACAUAUAACGUCAUUGCAACCUCGAAGGGUGGAGAUAAAAACAACAUCAUCGCGAUUGGAGGACACUCCGACUCCGUUGAGGCUGGCCCCGGCAUCAACGACAAUGGCUCCGGCAUCAUCGGCAACCUCGCCAUCGCCAAGGCCCUCGCACGAUUCAAGGUCCCCAACGCCGUCCGCUUCCUCUUCUGGACCGCAGAAGAAUACGGCCUCCUCGGCUCGCAAUACUACGUCGACAACCUCAGCCCCGAAGAACGCGACAAAAUCCGCCUGUACCUCAACUUCGACAUGACCGCCUCCCCCAACUACGCCUACAUGAUCUACGACGGCGACGGCUCAACCUUCAACUUCACCGGCCCCUCCGGCAGCGCCGAGAUCGAGAAACUCUUCCAAAAAUACUACGAGGACCGCAGGACGGCACACAUCCCCAGCGAGUUCGACGGGCGCUCCGACUACGACGCCUUCAUCUCCGUCGGCAUUCCCGCCGGCGGCAUCUUCACGGGCGCCGAGGGCAUCAAGACGCAGGAACAGGCCAAGAUGUUCGGCGGCACCGCCGGCAUCGCGUAUGACUCCAACUACCACGGCGUGGGCGAUGAUGCGAACAACGUGAACAUGAAGGCGUGGAUGAUGAAUACCAAGGGCGCGGCGUAUGCGCUUGCGACCUAUGCGCGCAGCACCAAGAGCCUGCCCCCCAAGGACCCGCCGCCCAAGCAGGCCCGCGCUCUGGGCACUGGAGGCGUGAAGCCGUUCAAUGGCAAGUGUGAUGAUAUUCACGGCCAUGGCAGGAGGUGUACCUAUUAAAUUUAAUAGGUAAUUCCUUUUUUUCUUUUCCGAUUUCUUUCUGUUCGAUGUUCCUUCUUCCAGUACAGAGGUGUUUUGAAUCAAGCGUGCAGCCAUGUCGCAUCCGUGGAUUGAACGCGUUGCUUCUCCAUUUGGAGGACACAUAUAUGAAAGGAGAAAAAAAAAUUUAAUAGGGUGGAAACCUAGGGGGGGUGUAUAUACGUAACAAAUAUGAAUGACAAAAAAUAAUGUGUGAACUGAAUACAUUCAUUUUUUCCCCUGCGCAGUAGGGUAUAUAUGUACUCUUGAAGUGUUAAAUCAAGAGGGUGAAAAAAAAUUGAAAUCUAGAAGCAGCCAAAAUAAAUGAAAAUGAAAAACACAAAGUAAAAUCCCACAGAUACAACGCCGGUAUUAUGCAACAUUAUGCAACAUAUUGAUCUAAGACGCUGAAUAGCAAAGAUGGACCGAGUGUGGUUGGAUGGCGAGUAUGGAUAGAUCGGGUAUUUUCGACAGGCAUAAUGGGUACGCGGAGCGCAAAGGAAUUGGGAGACAUUCAUGAAUAUCAAUGUAGGGGAACAGGCGCAUUUUCCCCAGCAGGUGGAUGCGCAGCAGCAGCAACAGCAGCUGUUACAGCAGGCAUAUCGACCAAGACAGCAGCAGCAGAAUCUAGUCCAAGAGGCACAUUAUUCUCAUCAUCGCCAUCCACCACGGGUGUACCCCCCGUCGCUCUCUUAACGCCUCUAUCCUUACCCAUUCUGCCGCCCGAUUGACGAGCAUGAGCAUGAGCAUGAGCAUUCCCGUCACCAGCACUGAUACCCGCGGCCUUUGCACUCUCGUUCGUCAACAUCGCCUUUUGCACUGCGGGACUUUUAACUUUCUUAUUCUUAUUCUUCUUAUUCUUCCUCUUCUGAAGACUCACCGAUUCACCUUGCUCCUCAGCAUCAGCAUAAGCAUCAAGCGGUGUCCGCCCAAUAAUCGCAUCAACCUCCUUCGCCCGCGCAAUCAGAUCCUCAAACCCCAACACCCGACAACCCUCCUGAUACGACUUGGACUGCUUCGCCGCAUUGAACGCCCGCUCCUUCCCGGGAAUAAGCAUGUUGAGCAAAUACUUGGUAUUCCCCCACUUAUUCUCGCACUGCAGGCAGAAAUCCAUGUAGGCAUACACGAUGUCGCGCCAGGGGAGGAGCCCGCCUUGCG